AUGGUCAACGAAGGAAAAAUGUUUAUUUUCUUUUAUGUUAUUGGUUACGUAAUAAUACAAGACAAUUACGAUUGUUUUCAAUUGCUGCUUCGAGAAGAACGAAAAAGCACUAACAGUGAAAAAUGGCUCCUACCUGAAGAUUUUGGCCCUGUAGAAGUUCCUCCUGCUCCUGAAUCUGUGGCCACAUACUCUGUGAAUGGACCAAGGUUGAUGAUCACUCACAUUGAAAAUUACUUUUUUAAGUCUUAUGCCAACACUCAAAUCAUUGGACCCUUUCACAAGAGUUUCACCUCCAUUGUUGGUCCAAAUGGCAGUGGCAAGUCCAAUGUCAUUGAUUCAAUGUUGUUUGUAUUUGGUUAUCGUGCUAACAAGAUCCGAUCAAAAAAGAUAAGUGUCCUUAUUCACAGCAGUCAACAAUAUCCGAAUGUUGAGAGUUGCACAGUUAGUGUUCACUUCAGAAAAUCAUAG